UCUCCCCUCUUCCUCAUUCUCCGUUGCCGUAGCAACGCACUAAAAGCGUCGGCUGUGCGGAUGGAGAGGAAGAUGGAGGAAAACACUGACAGAGACGUCGAGUCUGGAAAUGAAGCUGGAGGGGAAGAUGCCUUAGUAGGGAAUGUCAACAAGCUGACAGUAAGCCCACCUGGAUACACAGGACCUCUACGGAAAGGACAUCUGAUUUUUGAUGCUUGCUUUGAGAGUGGGAAUCUGGGCCGUGUAGACUACAUCGGUGAUUUUGAGUUUGACCUCUUCAUUCGACCUGACACCUGCAACCCACGCUUCAGAGUCUGGUUCAACUUCACUGUGGAAAACGUCCGGGAGACACAGCGGGUGAUUUUCAACGUGGUUAACUUCUCAAAGACCAAGAGUCUCUACAGAGAUGGCAUGUCCCCUGUAGUCAAGUCUACCAGUAGGCCAAAAUGGCAGAGGCUUCCACCGAAAAACGUCUACUACUACCGUUGCCCUGACCACAGACGCAACUAUGUUAUGUCAUUUGCCUUUUGCUUCGACCGAGAAGACGACGUCUACCAGUUUGCAUACUGCUACCCCUACACCUACACCAGACUGCAGCAUUACCUUGCCAGCUUGGAGCGCAGAAACCUCCCCUACCUGCAGAGGGAGCAGCUUGGACUCAGCGUGCAACAAAGACGUCUGGACCUGCUCACCAUCACCAAUUCUGAAAAUGUGAGGUCAGAGAAGGAGAAGAAGCUGGUUUUUCUCACUGCUCGUGUUCACCCCGGAGAGUCUCCGGCCUCUUUUGUCUGUCAAGGUGUCAUUGACUUCCUGGUGAGCCAUCAUCCAGUUGCCCAAAUCCUUCGUGAUCAUGUGAUCUUCAAGAUAGUACCCAUGCUGAAUCCUGAUGGAGUCUAUCUGGGAAACUACAGGUGUUCUCUGAUGGGCUUCGACCUGAAUCGCCACUGGCAGGAUCCCUCUCCGUGGGCGCACCCCACGCUGCACGCGGUUAAACAGCUCAUAGUGCAGAUGAACCAAGAUCCGAGUGUUAGCUUGGAGUUCUACAUCGACAUCCAUUCCCACUCCACCAUGCUAAAUGGCUUCAUGUAUGGAAAUGUGUUUGAGGAAGAGGAACGUGUUCAGAGACAGGCCGUCUUCCCCCGACUGCUGUGCCAAAAUGCACCGGACUUUUCCUUUUCAAACACUUCAUUUAACCGGGACAAGGUGAAGGCCGGUACCGGUAGGCGCUUCCUCGGUGGUCUUCUUGAUGAUACUUCCUACUGCUACACUCUGGAGGUGUCCUUCUACGGCUACAUGACGUCUGUCGGCACCGCUGCUGUUCCAUACUCUGAGGAGAUUUAUAUGAAGCUGGGUAGGAAUGUGGCUCGAACCUUCCUGGAUUAUUACAAGCUUAACAACCUCACCAAGGACAACAGACCUACUAAUAUACACUGCUCUGAUGGGAUUUCCCAGACGGGCAAAAGCAAGAUUUUGAGCAGCACUGGUGCUAUCAGAGACUCAGGCGAUGGCAAAAAGGAGAAGAACCAAAUUUUCGGACACUAGUAGACCUAGGAGGAGCAUAUAUUAAAUAUAAAGCAGGAGGAUCAGACUCCAUUCUGUCGAUCCAAACAUGUAUUUUUUUAGGGUCUCCAGAACACUGGGACCAGUUACCAAUCUAACACAAAAUAUUUUCCCACACAUUUCACGUCAGCAUAUGAAUCUCAAGUUAGUCUAGCGCAUGUUUUUGUUUUUAGACUGUUGGAAAAAAACAAACACACACACAGACUAACAAACAACUAACUUCAUGCACAAAAGCUCUUGUUUCCCUGAUCACAAAGACUUAUAUGAAAAGAUCUAUAACAGUGACAUGCUUGACAUUCAAACCACCUUUUCGUAUAUGUGUGCCUCUUAUAAAACACAUAGAUAUGAAAGCUGUAUGUAGGUGUUGGGGGGUGGGGGGGAUUAUUAAUUUAAAUUAAUUUGAAGGCCUUCAUCUGGCAGCUUUAUGUUGUACUGAAAAUAUGUGUUGAUGUUACAAUUGACUUGUUUAAUUUAUUCCCCAGACAGUGUUAUGUCUUUUGUUACUAUUAUUAUUCAUUAAAUAUUUAACCACUUCAUA